GGUCACAAUUAGGUCAUAAAGUAGAGAAAAUUACUCAAAGCAACCAUAUAAUAUUCAUCCAUAAAUUUCCACUCACAUAAAUUUCAAGCAAAGAAUACCAAAUUAUCACUAUAACAUAAUCAUAUAUAGAAUAUGGUUUCUGGACAAGUGAAAUCGUUCACGGUGAGAGUGAACAAGAAAGACGUUGUGGCCUCGGCGCUGCCAUUGCAAGAGCAUUGGCUUCCUCUCUCCAACCUCGACCUCCUCCUGCCGCUGCUCGACGUCGGCGUGUUCUUCUGCUAUGGCGUGUCGAAACCGACGAGCUUCGCAAGCAUGGUCGGGGUGCUCAAGAAGGCCCUGGCGCAGGCCUUGGUGUCCUUCUACGCCUUUGCCGGAGAAGUCGUCCACAACCCCGACGGAGAGCCCGAGCUGCUAUGCAACAACCGCGGUGUCGAUUUCAUCGAGGCCUUUGCCGAUGUCGAGCUCUGCCACCUCAAUUUGUACAACCCCGACGACUGCGUUGAGGGCAAACUUGUGCCUGCCAAGAAGCAUGGCGUCCUCGCGGUGCAGGCAACAGAGCUAAAGUGUGGCGGAAUAGUGGUGGCAUGCACAUUCGACCACCGCAUAGCAGACGCCUACUCAGCCAACAUGUUCUUAGUUUCAUGGGCGAACAUGUCUCAAUCCAAGCCCUUCUCUCUCCUCCCUUCCUUCCGCCGUUCUCUCCUCAACCCCCGCCGCCCCGGCCUCUUCCACCCGUCCCUCGACGACAUGUAUGUCCCCGUCAGCGCCUUGCCGCCCCCGAAAGACUCCCCCUCCGCCGCGGACCAUCUCAUCAGCCGAAUAUACUAUGUCAAGGCCGAGCAGCUGGAGCGGCUUCAAGCUCUAUGCAACAACAAGAGGACUAAGCUCGAAUCUUUCAGCGCAUUUUUGUGGAAGAUGGUUGCGGAAGGCGCCGCCUUGGACGGCUCCGAGAAGGUCUGCAAAAUGGGCAUUGUUGUGGACGGACGCAGAAGAUUAAGUAGUACUGUUGAUGACGAGGUCGAGGAGGAUAAUGGUAGCGCAGACAAGGGUAUUAAUGUAAUAAGAUCAGCGCGUUCGGCGCUGAUGGAGUCGUAUUUCGGGAACGUUCUGUCGAUUCCAUUUGGGGGAAAGAAGGUGGAGGAGCUGGUGGAAAAGCCGCUCGGGUGGGUGGCCGGAGAAGUGCAUGAAUUUUUGGAAGGCGCGGUUACGAAGGAGCACUUCUUAGGGCUCAUCGACUGGGUGGAGGCGCGGCGGCCGGUGCCGGGGUUGGCGAGGAUAUACUGCCGGGGGAGCGAGGACGGGCCGGCGUUCGUGGUGUCGUCGGGGCAGCGGUUUCCGGUGUCGAAGAUCGAUUUCGGGUGGGGGAAGCCGGUUUUCGGGUCGUACCACUUCCCGUGGCGCGGUGAUGCCGGCUACGUCAUGCCGAUGCCGAGCCCGGCGGGGAACGGAGAUUGGGUGGUGUACAUGCACAUGCCCAAGAAGCAAUUGGAGGUCAUAGAGAAGGAGGCAUCUCAUGUUUUUAGGCCCUUCAAAUUUGAAUAUCUUAAUAUUUUUAAGAAUUAAUAUUAAUUUAUCAUAUUUCAUAGCUCUAUGUUAUAUUGGAGAUUCUAGUUUUCAUGAAAUGGAUUUGGAUGCCUUCAAAGUAAUU